AAUAACAACUCAUUAAAAUGUUAACAGUCCCCUAGACUCAGACAGUUGCCCAUGCCUGCUUUAGGUGGUUUGGUAUGGCAGGACAAGAAUGAUGAUAUGAAACAUCUAUGGCAAAUAUAAGCCUUUGUCUCUUCCUGGUACAGCCUUUAUUGCGGUGACAGAGCCGAAACCAAAAAGACAGUCUGACAAUUGGUACAACUGGUCGCCACCACUUUGUGCCUCUCAGUCAAAUGCAGCAAAAAUUAGCAGAUCAGGUCAAGGUGACCAGAUAGCGUAACUGCAAAGCUGGACAUGGCACCACAAAAAGCCAGGAACUGCAGAAAGAUGCCUUUUCUCUGGAGGACUGCCUGAAAAUAAUUCAGCAUUUUGAUGAGAGUGGAACAGGCAGGCUGACACGAGACGCUUUUAUGCAGUGCGUCGCUAAGAUCAAUGAAUGGGCGCGCAUAUUUAUAGACUAUGAUGCUGAUGUCUCUGGAACCAUGGAUGACUAUGAAAUAUGUGGUGCCUUGGAGGCUGCAGGGUUCCACUUAAACAACGAGACCAUCAAGGCUCUUUUGGAGAAAUUCAGCAAUCGUUUCUAUCAGAUACACUUUGACAAAUUUGUAACUUGCCUGGUUCUCCUGGAAAGUGUUUUCCGAAAGGUCAAAUCUUGGAAUACUAGGAACCUGCCUGAAAACAUGCACUGA